AUGGAAGCUUCCAACCAGUCUGCUGUGACAGAGUUUGUCUUGCUGGGACUCUCUGCCCACCCAAAGCUGGAGAAAACCUUCUUUGUGCUCAUUUUGCUGAUGUACCUGGUGAUUCUCCUGGGGAAUGGGGUCCUCAUUAUUGUGACUGUGUCUGACUCCCACCUGCACACACCAAUGUACUUCUUUCUGGGGAACCUCUCCUUCCUGGACAUCUGCUACACCACCGCCUCUGUACCCCUAGUCUUGGAUGGUUUUCUGACUCCCAGGAAAACGAUCUCUUUCUCAGGUUGUGCAGUGCAGAUGUUUCUCUCCUUUGCCAUGGGAGCCACAGAGUGUGUCCUUCUGGGCAUGAUGGCGUUUGACCGCUACGUGGCCAUCUGCAACCCCCUCAGGUACCCUGUGAUCAUGAGCAAGGCUGCCUAUGUGCCCAUGGCUGCUGGAUCCUGGCUAGCUGGUGGAACCAACUCCUUGGUACAGAUUUCCCUUGCGGUACAACUACCUUUUUGUGGAGACAAUGUCAUCAACCACUUCAUUUGUGAGAUCCUGGCAGUUCUCAAGUUGGCCUGUGCGGACAUCUCCAUCAACGUGAUCAGCAUGGGGAUAGCCAACGUAAUCUUCCUGGGGGUCCCAGUUCUUUUCAUCUUUGUCUCUUACAUCUUUAUUAUUACUACAAUCUUAAAGAUCCCCUCAGCUGAGGGGAGAAGAAAAGCCUUCUCUACCUGUUCUGCCCACCUCACAGUGGUGAUCAUUUUCUAUGGAACCAUCCUAUUUAUGUAUGGGAAGCCUAAAUCAAAGGACCCCCUAGGAGCAGACAAACAGGACCUUUCAGACAAACUCAUUUCCCUCUUUUAUGGACUGCUGACUCCCAUGCUCAACCCCAUCAUCUACAGUCUGAGGAACAAGGAUGUCAAGACGGCUGUAAAAACCCUGGUGGCUCAGAAAUGCUUUGUCCAGUGA